AUUGACCCCAGGACGGAGAAAGACGUCUUCGAAGCUCUGCACAAGCAGGGGAGUUCUGGCGAGAAAGUUCGGCGCUCAAAGCACUUGCGCGGUCAGCACGAGUUCCUACGUAACCAUGAAGUUGUCCUGAGAUCCUCCCGAGCUGGGGACGACUACGACAGAACUACGACAACCAUCGACGAAUUCUACGACCACCACACUAAGGGCUACGAUGAACGCUCUAAGGGAUACAUGGAUCCCCUUAAAGCUUAUGAUGAUCGAGCUAAGGGUUAUGUUGAAAGCUCCAAGGGUUAUGAUGUCAGACCUAAGGGUUAUGAAGAACGCUCUAAGGCCUACCUUGAUCCAGCUAAGGUGUAUGAUGACCGUGCUAAGGGUUACAUGGAGCCUCCUAAGGGUUAUGAUGAUAGGAAUAAGGGGUAUGGUGAGCCCUCCAAGAGCUAUGACCCACGUGAUAAGGACUAUGAACAACAUCACAGAGACUAUGAUGAACACAGUAAGGGCUUCUUGGAUCAUCAUAAAGGGCUCGCUAAGGCCCGCUCCAGCGGCUACGACAGCUAUCCUGAGAGGCGCAUGGAUACUCUUUACUCCCCAGCCUAUGACAAAUCAUCAGACAAGUACUAUGACAAAUCAACUGACAAGUACUAUGACAAAUCAACAGACAAGUACUAUGACAAAUCAACAGACAAAUACUAUGACAAAAUACCUGACAAGUAUCAUGACAAGAUCCCUGACAAGCUCUACGGUGACAAAGAUCCCGAAAAAGUCUAUAGACAAUCUACCGACAAACUGUCGUAUGACAAGAACUAUGCAGGUAAGUAUGACAAGUACGAGGAUGUUGAUCCGUCAACUUCAUUGUCGCAGAAACAAACAUACGACAAAGAUGUUUUGACGCACGACAAGGCUUAUGACAAGACGUUUGACAAGAAGCAUAGGCGGGAGAAGCGUCUUGGCAGCUAUGGGGAGCCUGGGGAUAGGCAGGCCGGUCGAGGAAUGGACGAACGCAUCCCCUGUGCUAGGAGGGAAGAAGAUAACUGGCCCUCGCCCGAAGAGCUGCUACCACCACCCCACCACACCGACUAUCACCACCAGCACCGCAGCUCUCGCUCACCACCACCAAUUUCUUCUCACCACCCACACCACCUACCUCCUCACAUGGCUGAACACCACCCUGGUGGUGGUGUUCAACCUCGGUUGAGUGACCCGAAAAUGAUGACUCACUUACAUCAUCAACCACCACCAAAUUCCACGCUUGCUCCACCACAACAACCACCACCACAACCACCACCAACACAUGGUUUACCGCCAUCUCACCACCCGCAUCAUCAACCACCACCAGGCAUGCAACCACAAAAUCCACUUAACCAGCAUCCACCACAACCAAUGCACCACCAACCACCACCACCAUCACAACCUAUACAACCACACCAAACCAUGCACCAACUACCACCACCACCACCAACCAUGAGUCAACCACCACCAUCAAACACCGCACCACCACCACCACACAACCACCAGUUCGCAACCAUGUCCCAAUUCAACCAACCACCACCGAACAUCCAACCCCUCAACAUCCGUGGUCCCGCUGGGGGACCAAACAUCCGUGGGCCCAUGGGGGGUCCGGGACAGCUGGGGCCCCCUGGCCCCAUGGGGGUGCCAUACCGGGGACGGGCUGGGGACUGGGCCACGGGACCGCUGCCGCCGCAACAGUGGGACCGGCCCAACAGGAUCAACAGGUCAGAAGACUUCAGUGAGGCUGGUGGCUGGAGUGGCUCAAGCGUGGCUGCUGAAGUGGCUGAUGUGGCUAGUGGCCAGGCUGACGGUGGCAUGUGGCUAAACAAACGCCACAUGCAUGCCAUCCCGCCACAGCCACAUGACAAUCCUGCAUGGCAACAUGCCAGGCCGGGACUGCGGGAGGCCGGCGCCAUGAUGCACCAGGACCCACACAGCGAAACUGCUGUUACUGUUGCUACUGUUACUGUCACUCCUGUUACUGCUGCUACAGUAACUACUGCUACAGUAUCUACUGCUACUGUUACUGCUACUGUAUCUACUGUCACUGAGACUGUAACUGCCGAUACGUCAUUUGCUGCAGCUGAAGCAACUGAAAAUGAAGGAGGUACUGUAGCAGCUGUAACUGCAGCUGUAGCAGCUGUAACUGCCACUACAACUGCUACGGCAGUGGACGCUGCCAUUACUUCCCUUAAUAAUGAAACGUUUGAGGAGGAAGAGACGAUGGACUUGGAGGAAAUCAGCGACGACGAUCUAGAGGACGAGCGACAGGCUAAGUUCAGUGAGUUCUGA